CAAACUGAUAGGCAGGCCGAGAGAUGAGAAACGCAUGUCACUUGAAUGAAGAAGAGGAAGGUCCGUGCGAAAAAAAAACUUUGGACACGCAACAUUGGACCGGGACGAUCAAACAUUUCCAAGAGUGAAAACGCGAAUAGGUCGAAAAGUAACGGAGAGAGCCGCCGGGACAUUGGUUGUAUGGCACCUCAGUUGUGCGUGAUGAAUCCUGCGCAAGGAUCCCCGCCCUCGGCUGCUCCGGGGGAGACCCCACCAGAGGAUCGGGUCACCGGCGACAUGCGAACCGACGAGCUGGACCUGUCACCCACCAGAAGGUGUAAAAACAAAAGUUUAGAUAUACCUUUCAGUGUGGAAUCGCUCAUAUCGGACAGGACGCCGGACAAAAGCCUCCGCUCCCCGGAGCCUGGUUCGUGCUGCAUCCGGACAGACGAGACCGAGUGUGCGUCACCGAGGGGACCUCAUCGGUCCAAACCGGAGGCGACGCACGUCGGCGACAAGGAGACGAGCCCCUGGUUUCAGGCUCCUCACGCAGCUUUUCCAAGUGACUCCAUAAAUAUACUUCCAGCAGUUCCAACCCCGACCUCGUGCAAUCUACGGAAACACAAGAACAACAGGAAACCCAGAACUCCCUUUACAACCUCUCAGCUGCUUUCUCUGGAGAGGAAGUUCCGUCAGAAACAGUACCUCUCCAUCGCAGAAAGAGCGGAGUUCUCCAACUCACUGGGGCUCACGGAGACCCAGGUCAAGAUCUGGUUCCAGAACCGCAGGGCCAAGGCCAAGAGACUGCAGGAGGCCGAGCUGGAGAAGUUCAAGCUGGCCGCGAAGCCGCUGCUGCCCGCCUUUGCCUUUCCGUUCCCGCUGAGCGCACCCAUGGGCGCAGCGUCCCUCUACGGGCCCCUGAACGGCCCGCGGCCGGCCUUCCCCGUCCCAGGACUAUUUGGUGGACCAUAUGGGAUGUACUACUUGUCUUAACGCGCUCACACUUCAAACAGCAUCGGUUGGAAAAGCUGCUUUUAAAAAGAAAAUGCCUUAAUACAGCAAACAACCAACACUGAAAAAGUGUCAAUUUUAUGAGUCGACCUCUCUGAAGCCUUUUAAAUACAUGUAAAAUAUUUUCUUAUAAUGACAAAGGUAUAUUUUUCACACAUUUUUCCAUUUAAAAAAUAAUCAUUCAGGGAACAGAAACAAGUUGUUACUGGAUGUACUUUUUUCAUUCAUUUUAUCUUUUUAUGAAGAAUUCAAGAUUCUCUGUAAAUGAUUUGCUGACAUUUUUUGCAGUGUAUUUAUUUAAAUCCUUUUUUCUUUUCUUCAACGAAGGACAUUUGCUGAACUCACUUUUUGAACAAUAGGCAUUUUUAAAUUUCCUAUUAUGAGCUGUUGUACUCCAUUAGAGGUAUUUCCUAAAUAGUCAAGUGUUUUUAAUGUUGCAAGAGAUAACAUUAUUAUCUAUAGGCCUGUAUAGCUUUGGAUUCAAAUUAAUAACUUGAGCUUCAGUCCAAAACCGGAGCUUAUAGUUUGGUUGGUAAAGUGGAGGCUAUACAGAGGAAAUUCAAAAGAAUGUAACAGCACAAUUUGUUCGAAAGUACAUCCACGCGAUAAGCUGAACAUCUUCAAUAAUUCAUAAUCAAUAACAAGAACCACCAUUGAAGUGCCCAUUAGUUAUCCUUGUUGUAAAGAAAUGUCUGCAAAAAUAUAUGUUUCAAUAUUUCAGAAAUGUAAUCUUCAAAAAGGUUUACCUCAAAUGUUUACCUAAAAUUCAUAAAAAUAUCUAAAUGGACAAUUUCUUUUCAAUUUUGUUUCUAGCUUAAUCAUUUUCCCAGAUUUAGAAAUAUAAACAUCUAUAAAAUAAAUCUGCUUUAUAAUUAUCAUACACAGAUUAUAUAUUUGUUUUACAAGAUGUUCGAAGAGCUUUUAAAAAGAAGUUUCAUUACUAUAAAAAUUCAGCUAUUUUUGCAAACACAAGUCUUAACAUGGCUGAUAGACAUAUCAGUCAUCAAUGUACAGUAUAUAUUAUAUAUGAUGGAUGAAAAGAUGUUUUGUACAAUGGUUGAAAUAUAUGUAAAUUCUGACUGUCUUAUUUUUCUCUUCCCCAUUACUUGUCAUUUAAAGAUU